AAUUUAUUAUUGUUGUUUUUAUAUCGAUUGUUAGGUUAUGGUAGAAACAUUAACAUAAAGAUAAAAUGGCAAUAAAUUUAGAAAUCCAUUUAAAAAGAGCGGAUAAGAUAUAUUACGAAGGCGAAAAUGUUUCCGGUAUUAUCGCUCUAUCAUCGAAUUCAGAUUUCAAACACGAAGGCAUUACCUUAACUAUGGAAGGUUCGGUUAAUUUACAAAUUAGCUCGAAAAAUGUAGGUAUUAUCGAGGCGUUUUAUAACUCCGUAAAGCCUAUCCAGUUAGUUGGUCUAACUUGUGAAGUUUGUGGUCCCGGUAGGUUGCCCUCAGGUUUAACAGAAAUACCAUUCGAAAUACCUUUGAAAUCUAAGCCUAACCGAACACUUUACGAAACCUAUCAUGGAGUGUACGUAAACAUUGGAUACAGUCUAAGGUGCGAUAUAAAAAGAUCGUUCCUGUCGAAGGAUUUGCAGAAAACUCAUCAAUUUUUGGUACAGUACAGACCGGGAUAUAACGCUACUCCUGAAUUACCUAUAAAAGAAAAAAGAACGCCUAUUAAUUUUGAGUUAAGCCCUGCUACACUAACCAGCGGAAGAUCCGGUGCACCAGAUUUUUUACUGAGAGGUCAUAUAGAAACUGUAUGUUGUAACAUAACGAAACCUUUGAAAGGAAAAGUAAUUUUAGCGAAAUGUGCUUUGCCUGUUAGAUCAAUAGAAUUACAGCUUGUUAGAGUAGAAACGUGCGGAUGUGCCGAAGGUUAUGCAAGAGAAGCAACAGAGAUUCAAAACAUUCAAAUCGGCGACGGGGAUGUGCCUCACAAUAUUCCCAUUCCUAUUUACAUGGUAUUUCCAAGGCUGUUUACUUGUCCUACUUUGCUCACCACCAACUUUAAAAUAGAGUUUGAAGUAAACUUAGUAAUUGUAUUCCAAGAUGACCAUUUGAUAACCAAUAAUUUUCCCAUUGUUUUAGUAAGAGAAUAAAAAGUCAAAAUAUUAGAAAAUAUAUUUAUCACCUAAUCGAAAUACAUUUUAUAUAACUAUACAUCACACGAUAAUAAUAUCUAAUAAUAAUUUGUGAAAUAUUUUUAAUUAAACCUAUUGGUAAAUGAAUCUUAACUUUUUAUAUCCGAAUAUUUCUAGUAUAAUCUACGUUUUGUAAAUAGGAGAACAGUAUCAUACAGAACACAUUAAAUAACUAACAAAAAUACAUUUAUCAUCUUAACAUUAAAUUUAGGUCCGUUCUUUCAACAUUGAAUAGUUUCUUACAGUACAAUGUAAACUAUGAAUCAUACUAAUAAUAACAGAUAAGGUAUACCAAUAAUGUAUACUAAUUUUGACGACACAGACCUUAAUUUAAGUUUACCUAACAUUAGGAUUCCGUCACAGCUAAUGCUAAAUCCGACACAAUAAUAUCAAUUUGUUUUUCUAAAGCUAGAAUAUGUCCAGUAUUACACGAAUCACUAGCAAUAAACGAAACUAUCAGCGGAAGCUUGUUCAUCUGUAUGACUUGGUAUUGGGAAUAGUUGCAAAUUAACGUCGUCGUCUUUCCCAGGCCCAAUUUGCUGCCCUGAUUUAUCGCCAGGCCGAAUGUCGAAAUAAAAUUCGGCCUGGCCGCUUGUUCGGGUACCUUAUCAUUUCCAACUUUCAACAUCGGAACACCUUCUCUGUCCGUUAUCAGUAUACAAUGCAGGUCGCUAACUUUCGUUAAAAUAUCUUGUAAAAACUUUCUCGCUUCUUCGACCAUGGUUUAAUAAAUAUUGUUAGAUAUUUUAAUAAUAAUAAUUUUUAGAAAAUGAAAAUUAUACUGUUUGGCAUUUGACAAUUAUGACGUUGACA